UUUUCACUCGAGCUGCUGCUGGAGUUAAGCUGGGUGAGGAAUUAGUCCUGAGCUGUUUUUGAGUGCAGGAGUUGGGGAAAACGGAGAGAAGAUAUUUGUUUGCUUGAUUCCACAUGACAACUCCAGGGUAACUGAGCAGACUGUACGGUUGGGUUGACAGGGCUGUGCCAGCAGCCUCACAUUCCAGAGGCAGGGGGAUGGAAGGGGCACUGACAACUGCAAUGGAUCCCACCCGAAUUUCUCCAAAGAGCGACAAUUUGCCUUCAAUUAUUAAUGGUUUUCAGAGGUUUCCCUUCUGAGAGCAUCUUUCCUCUGAGACAUCCCAAGCCUUUCCCAUAACCCCGUGUGCUCAGCAUGGACACAUGUCUGCCAGAUUGGGGCCAAGGAAGUCUUGAAAUACACCCGAGAUUUAUUCCUCGUAUUAAAUUGAUCCCUGCUCGCCAGGACUGUCUCCAUCCUGUCCCCAUCUGAGUGGUUCAUGCCCAUGGUGCCCUCAGAGGGUGGCUGAGCACAGCCAUGCAUCAGCUCUUUGGGCUGGUUCUGGCACAGAAGGACCUUUCCCGGGCGGGGGAUCUCUUCUCCUUGGAGGAUGCUGAGAUCGAAGGGAGCCUCUCCGAAGCUCUGGAGCAAAUCAGGAUCAUUAGUUCAGCUGCAGACUACCAGAGCAAUGACAACGACCAGGCCGUGGUGGAGAUCUGCAUCACCCGCAUCACCACGGCCCUGCGCGAAACCGCCUCCAUCGAGCGGCACGGCCGGGCCCUCGUGGCCCUCUGGGAGUCCUGCCUGGAGCACAACCUGAGACCCUCGGGCAGGGAGGAGGAUGCACCACACGCCAAAAUUGCCUCUGACAUCAUGAGCUGCAUCCUGCAGAAUUACAACCGCCCCCCAGUCAUGGCCUUGGCUGUUCCAGUGGCAGUGAAGUUUCUCCAGAGGGGGAACAAGGAGCUGUGCAGGAACAUGUCCAGUUAUCUCUCCUUGGCUGCGAUUGCCAAAGUGGAUCUGCUGGCUGAGCACACAGACACCAUCGUCAGGAGCGUCCUCCAAGGGAACUCGAUGCUGCUCCGUGUCCUGCCCGCGCUCUACGAGCAGCAGCCGCGGCCGAUCGCGCUCCGGCUGCGGGACCUGCUGGCACUGACGGCCCAGCUGGACCAGGCGGAGCAGCUCCACCUCCUCAGGCUCCUCCAGGCCAUGGCCAGGAACAGAGAACUCGGGGUGCUGACAGAGAGUUUACCCUUUUUAUUUGGGCAUUUGAGGGACCCCAACCACAGUGACUUGAUUCUAAACAUCCUCAUAGAAAUAUCCAGCUAUGAACCAACAGCCUUGGCCCCUUUUCUGCCGACGCUGAAGGAGGUUGGGGAGAGUUUUCCAGGUCUGAUUGGGCAAACAGCAAAGAUCUUUGGAGCUGUUGGGCACAUUGAUGAGGAGAGAGCCAGGACCUGCCUGCUGUACUUGGUGAACCAGCUGGCCAACAUGGAGCACUCAUUUCACCAUAUUCUGCUGCUGGAAAUUAAGAGCCUCACCGACACCUUCUCGAGCAUCCUGGGCCCCCAGAGCAGGGACAUUUAUCGCAUGAGCAACAGCUUCACUGCCAUAGCCAAGCUCCUCGUCCGGCAGCUCGAGGCUGACAGCACACCAGGAGCCAGGGUGGAAAAGGACACUGAAACAGAACCUCCUGUACCGCUGGAGGACUUAAAAUCUGUCGUGGAUGGAAAUGAGGAAGAUGAAAAGCUUCAAGUCAAAAUCCAGGCUUUUGAAGAGAAAAUAAAUGUUGACAACAGCACUCCUGGUUCAGUGAGGAGAUACAGCCUGGGUCAGGUUUCCAAAGAAGAAAGGAAGGAUAUGAGAUUUAACAGGUCCAAGAGCCUCGCCCUGCACGCCCUGCGCACCAAGGGGCCAAGCUCGGAGGGGGGGCAGGACGAGGAGAGCGGGGAGGUCCCUGCUGGAAUCUCCUUUACUGAGAUCUACAUCAGCCAGGACAACGAGAAACUGCCCUUUGGGGUGGAUCCCGAGGCAGUGCCACGGGGAAAUUCCUUGGUGUCACACCGAAGUGUUGAUUACCCGGAAUCAGCAGAUUUGGCGGAAUCCACUCAAGAAAAGGCCCUGGAAGGAAGUGCAGAGGCAGCACCUGUGGAAUACCAGGAUAAGCUCUACCUGCACUUGAAGGAAAACCUGGGUAAAGUGAAGGAAUAUGUGACAGAGAUGGGGAGGAAAAUUCCCAUCCCUGACCAGUGUGUGAUCGAAGACACUGUCAGAAGCUGUGUAGCAAAGCUGUUCUUCAGCUGUCCCCUGAAGGGCCACUACUGCUUGUACAGCACGUCCAGCUUCACCCUGGUGAGCCGUCAGCCUCCCCUGUGGAUCCACAUCAUGUUCCUCUUCCAGCAGAGCUUGUUUGCAGAACCCUUGUCCAUACAGAGCAAUUCCGUGCAAGUCCUCAAGGCCCUGUGGGAGAAGACUCAGCUCAAGGGGACGCACAGCUUUGAAACUGCCAUGAUCCAGUCGACAUUCCCCCACCAAAAGGACCUGGACCACGUCCAGAUGCACCUGGAAGAAGUGAGGUUCUUUGAUCUGUUUGGCUACAGCGAGGAGGCAGGAGCUUGGCAGUGCUUCAUGUGCAAUAACCCCGAGAAGGCAACAGUUGUGAACCAGGACGGCCAACCCCUGAUCGAAGGGAAGCUGAAGGAGAAGCAGGUCCGGUGGAAGUUCAUCAAGAGGUGGAAAACUCGCUACUUCACCCUGGCUGGCAACCAGCUGCUGUUCCGGAAGGGAAAGUCUAAGGACGACCCCGACGAGAGCCCCAUCGAGCUCAGCAAGGUGCAGAGUGUCAAAGUGGUGGCGCGGAAGCGGCGGGACCGGAGCCUGCCCCGGGCCUUCGAGAUCUUCACGGAGAGCAGGAGUUACGUGCUGAAGGCGCAGGACGAGCGCCGGGCGGGGCAGUGGCUGCAGUGCCUCAACGUGGCCGUGGCGCAGGCGCGGCAGCGCGACAGCCACGAGGCCACCACCUACCUGUAGCUCUGCUGCCACCACACCUGGGACAGGGUCCCUCACCUCCCAGCCCCAGCUCCUGCCCCCCGGGGACCCGUGGGGAGACCUGGUUUGCAGAGGGGGCCGUCGGUGACAGCACUGGGUGAGUGGUGCCUGCCCGCCCUGGCACGGGGACAUUGGUGGUGUGGGAGCAGCUUCCACCUUCUCGUGGGAAAUCCAGGGGUUUUUUAGCUCAGCCCAAUGUCCUGAAAUACAGGGAAUGUGAUUAGAAACAGCCUGGACCCCAACCCCUCAGCCUGUGCCCAGGUCUGGGUGGCUGCUGACGCUGUCGGGAGCAUUCCAGGCCUAAGGACCUUCUGUUUCCCUCAGUCGCUUGGAUGGAAAAAGUUAAUUUUCUUUAUUAUUUAAUCCCAGUGGACUUCAUCCUUUUGCUGUUUAUAUGUGUCUGUGCUGCUUCUUUCAGGUUUAAACUGGGCAAAUCUGAAAGAUUUCACACUGCUGGGAAAUGAUUUAAAAUAUUUAACUGUUUCGAUUUUCCCUCUUUUUCCUGCUUUUGCUCCCCUUCGUAACUGAAUGUAAUUUUUAAAUUCUAUUUCCCCUUUUUUUGUUUUAAAUUGUCUUCUCUGACUGUAACUCUUCAAAAUUUCUCCAAACCUGAAAAAUUCCCAGUUUGCUUGA